AUGAGCUUCGCUAGCAUGAUGAACAAGCUGUCUGGACAGCCGGAGAGCUAUGAAAAAAAAGCCUCCUAUCGGUUCGGACGCACACUCGGCGCGGGUACCUACGGUAUUGUUCGCGAAGCUGAAUCGAACGAUGGCAAGAAGGUUGCCGUCAAGAUAAUUCUGAAGAAGAAUGUCAAGGGCAACGAAGAUAUGGUUUACGACGAGCUCAAGAUGCUGCAGAAUCUCAAGCACCCUCACAUUGUCUCCUUUGUAGACUGGUUUGAGUCAAAGGACAAAUUCUACAUCGUUACUCAGCUGGCCACGGGUGGAGAGCUGUUCGACCGAAUUUGUGACUAUGGAAAAUUCACAGAGAAAGACGCGUCCCAGACUAUUCGGCAGGUGCUGGAUGCUGUCGACUAUCUUCACAAGCGAAACAUCGUCCACAGAGAUCUGAAGCCCGAGAACCUCCUAUAUCUCACUCGCGCCCCCGAUUCUGAGCUUGUUCUAGCGGACUUCGGUAUUGCCAAGAUGCUGGACAACCCAUCUGAAGUUCUCACCAGCAUGGCGGGCUCAUUUGGCUAUGCUGCCCCCGAGGUCAUGCUCAAGCAAGGCCACGGAAAGGCAGUGGAUCUGUGGUCCCUGGGCGUGAUCACCUACACUCUACUGUGCGGCUACUCGCCUUUCCGGUCCGAAAACUUGACCGAUCUGAUCGAGGAAUGCCGGACCGGCCGCAUCAUCUUCCAUGAGCGCUACUGGAAAGAUGUUUCACAAGACGCUAAGGACUUCAUUCUGAGUCUUCUCCAGCCCGACCCUUCCAAGCGGCCCACUUCCGAGGAGGCGCUUUCCCACGAGUGGCUCACCGGUAAGACUGCUGGCGACCGCGAUCUGCUGCCUGAGAUCCGUGCAUACAAUGCCAAGGCGCGUCUUCGCCGUGGUAUCGAGAUCGUCAAACUUGCCAACCGCAUUGAAGCACUCAAGCUGCAAGAUGAGGAGGAAGGCGAGGAGGGAGAUAUCCCCAGCCCCGCUGCCAUGGCUGCUUCUGCUGAGACCGGUGAUUCUCCCGCGUCAAGUGAACAGAGCUCUGGGCACACUAAGAAACAUAGCCUUGGCAAGAUUGCCCGUGGUGCUAUUUUCCGCGAGGUAGUUCUGGCCAAGGUCCGUGAAAUGAAGGAUAACGAGGAGCGAGACAAGAUGGAAAAGGAGGUCCGCGAGAAAGCUGCUUCUGCUUGA